AUGACGUCGAUAGGCACAGGCUACGACCUCGCCAACUCCAUUUUCUCUCCCGAUGGCCGCAACUUCCAAGUCGAGUACGCCGUGAAGGCGGUCGAGAACGGCGGGACCGCCAUCGGCAUCCGGUGCAAGGACGGCGUGGUGCUCGCCGUCGAAAAGAUCAUCACAUCCAAGCUCCUCAAACCCGGCGCCAACAAGCGCAUCGCGACCGUGGACAGGCAUCUGGGCGUCGCAUACUCCGGCAUGGUCCCCGACGGGCGCCACUUCGUCGACCGGGCGCGCGACGAGGCCCGCGCAUGGCGCGACACGUUCAAAACGCCCAUCUCCACUGCCGACCUGGCGAGCCGGAUGGGCGGGUACAUGCAGGCGUACACUCUAUACCAGUCCGUUCGGCCCUUCGGCAUCACAGCCAUUGUCGGCGGCUUCGACAGCCGGGAGGAGGCCCCCGUGGACGGCGAGGUGGGCAGUGGCCCCUCAUGCGGCGCCGGCGGGAAAGUGUCGUCCAAGACGCACGGCGGGCCCUUUCUCUACAUGAUCGAGCCCUCGGGACUUUACUGGGGAUACUACGGCGCGGCGACGGGCAAGGGCCGGCAGGCGGCCAAGGCUGAGCUUGAAAAGCUUGAUUUGUCCGGUGCGGAAGGUGGGAUUACGCUUGAGCAGGCUGUUAAGGAGGCUGCUCGUAUUAUUUACGUGGCCCAUGAUGAUAGUAAGGAUAAGGAGUUUGAGCUUGAGAUGACGUGGAUUAGCGGCGCCGACGGCCCGACUAAGGGCUUGCACCAGGAGGUACCCAAGGCGCUGCGCGAGGAGGCGGAGCGGUUGGCUAAGAAGGCGCUGGAGAGUGAUGAUGAGGAUGAAGGGACUGAGGAAAAGAAGGGGGAAGAGAAGAUGGAGGAGUGAAAGGUGGGCAUAAGGGGGAUUUAUGAUAAUAUGGCGUUAUUCGGGCGAGAUGGCGCCUGAUAUACACUUGUACCAAAAGGCAGGAGGGUGAGGUGGGCUUUGCUGGUGGGAAGAUAGAGAUUAAUUUCCAUCUAGCACUGGACGUCAUUCACGGCUGUGUCGCGAUUGCGGCUAGGGAAAUGUAUCAAUCCUCCGCCCAGCUUGAAGCAGUCAUUCACACAAAUAUGCAAGUUGAAAUACUCCAAUUUCACUCAGGAUAUUAUGA